AUGUCGGUGGCCACAGGCAGCAGUGAGGCGGCCGGCGGGGCUGGUGGCAGUGGCACGCGGGUCUUCUUCCAGAGCCCCCGGGGCGGCGCCGGCGGCGGUGCGGGCUCUUCCCGGGAGGAGUCUGCGGCCGGGGCCCCAGCAGCAGCCAGCGGGCAACUCCAGCAGCAGCAGCAGCAGCGGCGCCACCAGCAGGGAAAGGUGACGGUGAAAUACGAUCGGAAAGAGCUGCGGAAGCGGCUGGUGCUGGAGGAGUGGAUCGUGGAGCAGCUGGGUCAGCUGUACGGCUGCGAGGAAGAAGAAAUGCCAGAUGUAGAAAUUGACAUCGACGAUCUGCUUGAUGCAGACAGUGAGGAAGAGAGGGCCUCGAAAUUACAGGAAGCUCUCGUAGACUGCUACAAACCAACAGAGGAAUUUAUCAAAGAGCUGCUGUCCAGGAUAAGAGGCAUGAGGAAACUGAGCCCUCCACAGAAGAAAAGUGUAUGA